AUGGCAGUCUCUGUCCAAGCACCAUUCUAUUCGAAGUCCGGCAUGUGGAAUCUGGGCGAUCCUCCACAUACAUAUUCACCUUCAGGACCAGAAGAGAGUCCAGCUUCAAUGUCGUAUCAGUAUCCACUGCCGAACUCUUUGGAGCAUUCGAAUAUGAUCCCCGGUUUCACCCACCCCCCCUUGGACCACGUACAACCAUCCUCACCUGCUCAGAUGAAGCCAGACUCGCCGAGUAUGAAGAAUAGAGGAAAUUUAGCAGCAUCCAAGUCCGCAAAGAUCAAAAGAUCAAUGUCAACGCCAAAUGUUCGCGGUCAAGCCUCGGCCGAUGCAGCUGCACUUGCUUUGUCCGCCGAAAAGAGGAGGAAUAAACUCGGUUACCACAGAACUUCUGUGGCAUGUGGUCACUGCCGUCGAAGGAAAAUUCGGUGCAUUGCAGCCCCAGGCGAUCCUCAUAACCGAUGCUCGAACUGCAUUAGAUUGAAGAAGGAAUGCAAUUUCUAUCCAGUCGAUCAACAGCCACCUCCAGAAGCUCAGCGCAGAGGGUCGAAGGCCCAGAGCGGGACAGAAAGAGCCUCCGAAGAAUCAUCCCCAUCGACUUCGUCGGGCCAGGUACAAUCAGAGAUUCCCCAAACUCUUCCAUAUCCCCAUCUCAGCAUGCCCCCUAUCCAGGAUCUUGGUGGCCCUCAGAUGAAGCGCCAGAGAACGGAAAGCUUUUCCCCAGAGAAUAAGGUUGUCACCACGUCUCGAAACUUUGAAUACUCACAGCCAGCGCACCAUGGAACUACAAAUUGGAUGGCUCCGGAUGCAUCCCCAAGUACGGUGAACCCGAAGACAGAAUCUUCCCAGCCUUAUUGGAGAGUGAAUCCGCAAGACUCACCUCUAACUCCUGCAUUCUCCCCCUUCACCCCAGGUCUUCAAAUCCCACCCCCACAGAAUUGGCCGACCCCUCACCCUGAGGCCAGUCCUCGAGAAGAUCCUGGCUGGUCGGUGCCCCAGCGUUCCAUCUCGUACAGCAAUCUCGAAGGUCUCCACACCCAACAUCAAAAUACUCAGUAUGCGCAGUAUCCACCCCCUCCCCCAAUCAACGAUCAUUACACGACGAAACCCCGCGUCCUUCAGUCUUCAGGCAUGUAUCCACCUCCAAUACAGACAUCGGCGAGCACUGUGGCCACCCAUGAUCCAAUCUCGGUGACGUCGAGCGAACCACAUCAGCACCCGCAUUCUGCCCAUUCUCUACCCCCGGUACCAUUUUCGAAUUGGCAACAGCCAUACUCGUAUCAGAAGCCAGCUAGCGCUGGCCCCGACCACUAUCCUGGAUGGAAUGGACCACACGGUGGACAGCAGCCUCUGCCACAUCUUCCCAGCGAUCAAGACCAUCCACCACCCCCGCCUGGCUAUGGCUAUGGAGAUCCCUCGAAUGGAAUGUAUUAUCCACCCCCACACCAAGGACGCUAG